UCUCUUUGGUUCCUUGGUCCUUGACACACACACUGUGCAUUGGUACCAUAUAACAAACGGAGACACAUACCCAGAAAUGGUUUCUCAUCUCUCCCUCUCCACCCUCCUCCUCAUCUUCUCCAGACUCUCAGGUGCUUAUCGUGUGUCUGUGAAGACAGGAGACUCCAUCACCAUCCCAUGUCCCUAUCAUUAUUAUUAUAUCAAACAUUCUAAAUACUUAUGUAAAGGAGAUCAUUUUGAUAGUUGCUCCCAUGUUGUACAUGCUAAACCUCGUAAGGGCACAGCUAAGGCCUCAGUCUUUGAUGACAUCAACCAGCUAACCAUGACCGUGACCAUGACUGAUCUGGAGCAAGAGGACUCUGGACGUUACUUUUGUGCUGUGGAGGUCAAUGGUGGAAUAAAUGUCAGGGCAGAAUGGUUCUACCUAUCUGUCAUACCAGGUACUCCAGAACUCUAUGUGGACCAACAGGAGGUGACAGGAGUUGAAAGAGGGAGUGUCAUUGUAAAUUGUUACUAUAGUAACACUGGAAAUAGGAAGGGGUGGUGCAGGAUUGGUGGCAGUAGUGGCUGCUGUGUGUGGGUGGGUUCUGGGACAAUAAACGGAACAUCAGUGACUCUACAGCAGACCACUGAUGCCCCCAGAAGAAACGUCUUAAUGGUGACUAUGAGUGGACUGAAGAUGGAGAACACUGGCUGGUACAGGUGUGCAGUGGGAAACCUUAUAAUGCCUGUUCACAUCACUGUCAGACAACAAACCACCACACAAAGUACCACCACUAUGACCACUGCUGUGCCUGUUCAGACUGACAACACAGUCCAAGGACCUGAGGGGGGCAAGGAGAAGGACACCAUGAGUUCCAUAGAUCUAACAGUUCUACUGGUUCCUCUGGGCAUGUUGGUGGUGGUGAUAGCUGGGGUCCCAGUCACAUGGAAGAUGUGGAGAAAGUAUAAGGACAAUAAGGCCAUGGACCAGACAACAAACACCUCAGUGGACCCAUUUCCUGCCAAUGGUGAUGAUGUGACAUACAGCACUGUUGUCCCCAAGAGGAGGAACCAGCUAAAUGUACAGACCAAGGCAGAACCUGAUGAUAAUGUGGUCUACAGCUCUCUCACCCUUUAGCUGGAUCCAUUUCCUGCCAAUGGUGAAGAUGUGACGUACAUCACUGUUGUCCCCAAGAGAAGGAACCAGCUAAAUGUACAGACCAAGCUAUUCUGCAACAAAUGGUUGAAGUGUUUCCAAGCAGUCGCCUACAUUCCACCAUCACAAAUUGUCCCUCUUCUCCUCUCUACCUGUGUCCCUCCUCUCUUCUAGACAGAACCAGAUGAUAAUGUGGUCUACAGCUCACUAGUCCCACACCGCAGAGGACAGCAACACAGCAGUGACUGACUGAGUGAAAAUCUUGGUCCAAAAGAUCCCUCAUCCUGGAAGGAUAGCCCACUCCCCUCCUGUGUCACAACAUGAGUCAUGACCAUCUACCUGCCUCCAAUAUGCUUCUGCCCACACCUUCUAACCCACCUGUCUCCUUGUUGUGUCCAUAAACUACUGAAGACAGUCUGCUGUGCUUGUUUUGAUUAUCACCAUAUACACAAUAGUAUGUGGACACCUCUUCAAAUUUCUGGAUUCAGCUAUUUCAGCCACACCCGUUACUGACAGGUGUAUAACAUUGAGCACACAGCCAUGCAAUCUCAUUACACAAACACUGGCAGUAGAAUCGCCCGACCACUCCCAGAAGAGUGGAGGCUAUUUAUAGCAGCAAAGAGGGGGGGGGGGGGGACUAACUCCAUAUCAAUGCCCAUUAUUUUAGAAUGAGAUGUUUGACGAGCAGAUGUCCACAUACUUUAGAUCAUUUAGUGUAUCUGUUAUAUUAGUCAUGUCCUGCCCACCUGCAGUACUCCAAUGCCCUUGUCACUUUUUAAUCUUAUUGAUAUCAUGUAUCUAGUCAAAUGUAACUGAUUAUGAUCAAAUAUGUAUAUUAAAUGAACAAGCUGUGUAACAAAAUAAAAGGCUAAUGCUGAAUGCAAAA